AUGCGACAACCAUGUACAUGUUUGUGCCUUCUUUCAAUAUUCGUCUUUGCCUUUUAUUAUUUCUCUCCUGCGCAAGCAUUAAAUAAUGAUGGUAUUACCUUCAAUGUGGCAACUUCGCCGUUGAUAGUGAUAGACGAUGAGCGUCCAGUAAGCUCAUCGAAUCACAGCACGUAUCCUCGCCUGACAAAUCUUUCUGAUGGAGCGAUCUUGUCCUCCUUUACACACUACAUCGGAAAAAACACACGUUCUCUAUCUGUUUCUUACAGUACAGAUGGUGGGAAAACAUUCAGCGACUUUAGUGAAGUCACCCAAGCAGAAGGAGAUGUGGAUAACAUGUUCUUGCUCGAGGUUUCCAAGGAUGUUGUUCUAGCAUCCUUUCGUAACCAUGAUGAUGAAUACUUCCGUAUCACCAUCUGCCGAUCUAUAGAUGGAGGUAGAACUUGGAAGUUUGUAUCCCAAGCUGCGGAAAAGAGCGGCUCACUAGGACUCUGGGAGCCAUUUAUGCGACUUGGGGACGAAGGCGAAGUCCAGCUCACAUUCUCGCAAGAAUUCGCGCACAAUACUCAGCGUACUAUGCGUGUGGUAUCGCGUGAUCAAGGAAGUACGUGGAGCACACCAACUUGUCUAUCCGGCUGUAAAAAGGAACUACGGGAUGGAAUGAACGGAAUCACCAAAACGAAUGAUAAUGGCCGUGAUGCACUUGUCAUGGUUAUCGAAACAAACCGCUAUGGCACGUACAAUGUUGAGUCUCUUGUUUCCUAUGACGACGGAUCUACUUGGUCACAUCGCGGUUGUAUAUUUCGUCCCAAGAGCGGUCAUAAUGCUGGUUCUCCCCAAAUUGCUUCAUUUGGAGAUGGCUCUAUGGUGACAGUUUUCAUGACAGAUGAGGAUGCAGAUAAUGUGGACUGGCCUAAACACGCCUCAAUCAAAGCUGUAUUUGCAAGCCCACCGAAAAAUGGGACGCUUAUAUGGAGUGAUCCAACUUUGAUCUCGUCGGAGUCAAGCUUCUGGCCUGGAUUGUUAUCUAUUAACGAUAAUACAGCUCUGGUUACAUAUGAUCGAGGAGCGAAACCCCUUGUGAAAACGAUAAAAUGGAACCCCAGGGUCGCAGGUUUUCGCUUAGAUACCUAUACAUUGAGAAAAUUUAGAAGAUUGGCUAAGGAGGCAAGAUGA